AUGGUAGAGUACGUUACCGUGAAUGAAGCCGACCUUGCCUACCGCCUGGUCGGUCCCAAGGACGCUCCCUUGAUCAUCACUCUACACGGUGGUCGUGGAUUCGGAGACCACACCUCCGACUUCAAAGCAUACUCCCCUCUCUCUCAGGAUAACCUCCGUAUUCUUUCAUUCGACUAUCGUGGACAUGGCCAGAGUUCGCGCACCAAACCGUAUACUUUCCAGCAACUAGUAAACGACAUAGAAGCCCUUCGACGUCACUUUGCAGGGCCAGACACGCCGUGCAUCAUCUGCGGCGGCAGCUUUGGUGGUUUCCUAGCUCUGCAAUACUCUAUUGAGUACCCCGAUAAAGUGUCUCAUUUGGUCCUGAGAGGGACGGCUGCCUCUCACCAUCACGAAGAACAAGCCAUUCAAACCCUUCAAGCCCGUCUUCAUCGAGCUCCCGGGAUGAGCAUUAACAUGCUCCGUGAAAAGAUCUUCGGUCACUUUAACAGUGACACCGAGUUCCGGCUCGUGAUGCACGCUGCCGCACCGCUCUAUCGAGAGGAGUUUGAUCCUGAUCUUGCUCUGCAGCAGAAUCUCGCUACGGUGUUCAAUGCCGAAUCGCAUAAUGAUCUUUACGCCGCACCAGAGAAGUUCUUCGACUAUCGAGAUCGGCUCCAUCGGAUAGGUGCGAGGACUCUAGUCAUCGUUGGGGACAAAGACUGGAUUUGUCCGCCGGCGCAAUCGGAGAUUAUUGUGGAGGGGAUCCCAGGAGCUAAAUUGGCCGUUGUGGCUGGCGCAAAUCAUAGCGUGCAUUUGGAGAAGAACGAGAUCGUUUUGGAGAUCAUUCGGGGGCAUUUAGCUCAGAACUAG